UUCAUGUGCUGCGGUAUACGCUCUGGUUUGGACGAAGAAUGCAAGGGUGGAUUUUUUUAACGUAUUCUAUUUUUCAAGUAUGCGUUGUUUUGAAGACGUCAGACGCUGUUAACGUUGCCCUUGGUAAACCUGCCUACCAGACGGAUACUUAUCAUGCAUACCGAGUUACCGCAGAUCGUGCCGUUGACGGUAAUUCGUCAUCGGAUUUGAUGAGGGACGAGUCGUGCACGCACACUUCGUCUGUCAACGUCUCAUGGUGGGUGAAUCUUCAGCAGAUAUUUCUCAUCCGAAGCGUAACGAUUUACAACAGGAAUGCGUUCAGUUACAGACUUACACACGUCGAGCUUUACGUCGGGUUUUCGGAGCACGGCUUUCAAGCGCGUGAAGGAUUUCACCCCGGACAAAUCGGCGCUUCAUACAUGGUUUCGCUAACUGAGCCGGUUUACGGACAGUGGGUACGAAUUACGCGUAACCCUCCUGUCGAGCAACUUACUUUGUGUGAGGUUGAGGUGGAAGGUAUUCCAUAUUCUAAAGCCGAUGGUAUUCGCUAUUCGAUAUUUCAAGGAUAUAUUGACACUGGCCCUGCAAUCGACGUAUUCGAAAUGAUAAAGUCGAAAUUCGUCUGCGCAUCAAGGUGUUCUAAAACCGAAACCUGCAUCAGUGCUCACUACAACACAGUGACUCUGACCUGCAGUCUGUUCGAUUCUUUGGAAAUCCAGCAAGGAGACGUCGAAUACGACGUCACUCUUGUCAACAGUAUUGCCAUAACUGAAAAGUCAUGGGCACAGUUGUUAGGACAUUAACAGUCGAUUAAGCUGUCAUGGGGUUUAAAGCCACGUUUGGUAAACUGAAAACAUCAAUUAAGUCCAACAUAACAUAUGCAAAAACAGUAUAUAUCAUCAACAUACCACGUCAGCUGCAGAAACAUAUCUUAUUAUGACACGAGGUCUUUAAAAAGGCUAUUUUCCAAUCUGUCGGAAAAAGGACAAAGGCAAGAGAUACUGCACAGGAACACACACAUUAAGUUUUAAUAAAAACACCGUCUUU